CAUCAGGAACUGUGAAAAUUUUGUUGUUAACCAGUGAAUAGAAAAUAAGUUCCUGCGCGGGCGUAAAUAUAGAAAUUUGUUUAAACUCAACCGAAAAUGCUGCAAAUGCAGGCGGUGCAUCGCGAUGAGAACCAGGUGGUGGCCUUGAAGAAGCCCACGUACUUGCCCUAUCUGUUCCACCUGGUCAUGCCGAAGAUGUUCUACCAGAGCCCCAACCGAAUCGUGGUGGCCCGGCUCUACCUCGAUGUCCACAAGCACGACAAGCAGGCAGCCGACUACUUCGAGGGCUUCCAGACGCCCUGCUUCGAGGUGCCGGCUUCCCUGUUCCCGGGCGAGGCUCCGCUGGACAAGAUCGUCUUCUUGCCCACGGUGAUGUUGCCCAUGGGCUUCGAAGCCGGAGGCGUUUUUGGCCCGGGUGUCCUGCCACGGCGUUCCUAUCCCAUCGGCCUGAUGGCCGCGGGUGCCAAGGGUCACAAGGGUCAAACGCCGCCGCUGUUCGUCGGCCUGCGCAGCCUGCAUGUCCAGCUGCCUUCGGAGGUCGAGAGUUACCUGGACAACGUGGGCGAGUUCCCGCCCAGCCAGGACCAACCGUCAAAGGAAGUAAUGCUAAACAAUGACUGCUCCUUGUCGAUAGCAUACAACUUGCCGGCUCCACCGACUCCACCGUCGCCCUAUCCCUUUCGCCCUGUCCCGGUGCAGUACAACAUUUACACCCCGGAUCUGUCCCAUGUCCACAUGCUCCUGCUGCAGCAGCGCAGCCUGACGGUGGCCAUGCUGUCCACCGUGAAGCAUCCGCACGUGCCCGCCGUGGCACUCGCCACCAUGGGCGACGAGGAGUGCCCCAAGUUCGAGCUGCCCAGCGAGGUCUUCCCCACCUGUGAGGGCGUCAAUCGCCCCAUCUUUCUGCCCCGGCGUUUCUUGCCCCGGGGAUUCGAAGCCGGCUGCGUCUUCAAGCCGGCCAGUCUCUCGGAGCUGUGGUUCGUGGAGCACAUCGGUCACUUCGGCCCUCCGCAGCCGCAGCACAACCUGGCCAUCACACCACCGCUGUUCGUGGGCAAGAUCGCCCUCGUCCUGGGUGCUCUUGAUUCGAUGAAGGAAACUCCACUGAAGGGCGAGCAGAAGCCCGCCGAAGGUGCAGAGGGAUCACUUAAGUCUGUAGAGCCUAAGAGGGCCCCCUUUCCCAUUACCCAGGGCUUCUUGGUCUUGGAAACAGAGCACCCGACGCCUCCGAGGGGUGCUUACUCCUUGGCGAGCUACCAGAGGGCCAGUGAGAAGGGAUGCGUGCUGAAGGCCACCAAGGAUGAGGCCAAGAAAGCCACUGACACUCUUCCGAAGGUGGAAUCGAAACCGGAGGUGGAGAAGAAGUAUCUUUCGUGCUUCAAAGUUGACAGCGACAUUGAUCUGAUGGCCGAGGCCAUGGCCGAUAUGGGCACCGCCGAGAUGAGUCUGCUGGCCAAGGAGGAGGCACUGGAGGCACUGCCCGGAGGCGAUGGUGCACGCGCCUUGGAUCAGCUGCGCCAGGUGCUCGAGGAUCGCAGCCAGAUCCGCAGCCACACCGACCAGCUGAUACAGGAUCACAUCUAUCGCAUGGAUCGCAAUCGCAUGCUGGCCCUGCGCCAGCCAUUUGGCACCUGCUUCGGGUGCGGCAUGCUCGAAAGGAAGUAGUGUUUCAGAUAUGCAAUGCCAGAGCUCGAUGUAGAAGUUGUAAUGAAAUUACCAAUCGAGUGGCACUUACAGCUCACAGCUGAAAAUGUUUGAUUCCGAUCGAAAUUAGCUAUUAAAG